AUGGCUUCCGCUCCAAGUUCACCAGAGAGGCACACCGCCGAGCGCGAGGCUUUUCUUCGUAGGUCGUCUGACCAAGCUGUUGACACUGUCCGCUCAACUACGGGUAGCAUUGACGAUGAUGCAAAAUCCGAUGUCACCUCUACUUCUUUAGAGCAACCAUACGCCAAAAAGCGAUUUUUGCAGGCUCGAGAUAGGUCUCAGAGUCGCAAGGGUGUGGCUGCUAUCAUGUCUGGCCGUCUCUUCCCGAGAAGCUUUUCCCGUGGCAGAGACAGAGACUCAUCCCGGGGAUCUUCCCAGCGUGGAUCAUCUCUCGACUCCCGUUCUGCUUCUUCACCUGAGCGGGGUCGCCCAAGUUCCUCUAGCACUCAUUCUGUUCACGUUGAAACCUUAACUCCCGCCCCUAUCAGUUCAGGGAAGGGAAAAUCGCUCAACAUGCACGAUACAUUCAACAAGUCAGAUGAGGCAUUGGCUAAACCCCACGGAAGCCUGCCUGAUUAUAUCAAACCGGCAGCCGUGGAGGAGGAAGGGGAGCGACUAGCCAAAGAUGUUUUCGAUCGCGACAAGAACAUGAUUGAAAGCAGUGAAGAUGAAGCCAACGAUACUUCGAGUGACGAAGACAGCACUCUGGACGGUGUACGAGGCCGCAAGAAAAAGAAGGACUCGGAUAUCACAUCUAUAACGCCAAGCGACUUUGCAAAAUCUAAGGGAGAUGAUUCCAAGCAGUCCGAAGAACAAAAAGCUUCAGAGCCCCCAAGUGGACGACAGGAGAAGAAACCGCGAAAAUCUGCUUUGAAAGCUGUGGUCCAUCCACAGACCAGUUUCGACAUCCCCACCCCACGUGUUCAGUCAGUGACUGGCACACCUUACGGGUCAGAGGAUGAAGCCGAGAUCGGUGACAUUCAUCGUGCUCAAAAGCUCAGCAUUUCCAUGUCAGCUAUUGAUAACGGUGUUCACAACCGAUCCAUCCGAACAAUUGUCCGCGGAAACUUUUCAAGUCCUCAGGAUCAAGGCGAUGGGAGCCGUCGUCGCCGUCGGAAGUAUUUAAUCGCAACCGAUUUGAGUGAAGAGUCGGUCUAUGCCCUCGAGUGGACUAUAGGGACGGUUCUAAGAGAUGGAGACACGAUUUUCGCCAUCUAUGCCAUGCACGAGGACUCCACUACCGCGUCAGCGGUGCAAGUCGGCGAGGGAGCUAAGGCGAUGAAAGAUGCAACGGCUGUCGUUGGCACCCAGACGAAAGAAGCAAACCAGAAUUAUGGAUCCCGUACGAUCCUCGGUCGACUUGGCACUGGUACUGCUAGUAGAACACAUUCUACUGAUUCCCGGGCAUCGCCAAUCGCCGAGGCCGAACGGGUGCGGGCAGUUGAGACUGUCUCUCAGACCUGUGUGAAGCUGCUGCGGAAAACAGUCUUGCAGGUCCGUAUUGCCGUGGAAGUGAUUCACUGCAAGAACCCAAAGUCUAUGAUCACCGAAGCUAUUGAUGAACUUGAGCCCACACUUGUUAUUGUGGGUGCCCGAGGUCAGAGUGCACUGAAGGGUGUUCUUCUGGGCUCGUUCUCCAACUAUCUUCUUUCUAGUUCCUCUGUGCCGGUAAUGGUUGCCCGCCGAAAGCUGAAGAGGCAUACGUGGAAAGACAAGCUCAAGGGCACUACAAAUGAUGUUCACGACCGUCACGAGGAGAACUUCUCUAUUAUCUUCGCCGCUAUGGGUGUCAAUAUGGAGACUGCCCGUUUCUUCAAGCGCGACUUCGAGGAGUACGGUAGUAUGGAGCGUGUUACUCUGUUCCUGAACUUGGCCAACGACCCUACUAUUGAGCGUAUUAUUACGCCUCGUCUUGCCCUAACUAAUGAAUUUGUUUGA